AACUCCCGGUUCAUUAACACAAAUUACAAAUUUUUUAAAAUCUAAAUUUAAAAAAUAAUAAUUUUCAAUCUGGGAAUUUUGUAGAAAUACGAAAUCAAACUAUUUUUCCAAAAUAUUUUAUAAAUUAUAAAAAGUAGUCCAAGAAAGUGAUUUAAAAAAAGUGGAUUAGAUGAAAACAAAUUAAGAAAAUUGAGCUUUAGAAAUCUGUCAUAUGAUAAUGAAUUUUAAAGAGUGAAGACAGAUAAAAUGCUUGCUCGCCGAGAAAAAUCCUUUUCUUUCAUAACUGUUUUUGAACUUUGAUAAUCUUUUAAAAAAAUUGAAUUUGGCUACUUUUUCUGACUCUCUUUACUACGUUUUCAUCGACUUUUAAUUUUUUUUUUAACCAAUUACCAGAAAGGUACCAGUCAGAGAAGGUACGAUGCACAUAAGGUUGUCUCCAUUGUUUGGCAUGAUAAAAAUGAAAAAUGGACUUCGCCACGAGCAAAGUGAGAGAAUUGCAAGCUGCCCUAUUUCCCAUUCAGCCCAUCCCAAGCAGUGUAUUGACGAACCAAUGCCUUCAAAAUCGAUUCGGAAUCACCAGAAGGGAUGUCGACUCAGUCCUUUCUCUAACUUCAGGAAUUUUAAAAUAUCGAGAUACGAGAGAAACUUUUCAAUCAGUCAUCGACGCAAAUCUCAUCAGUGUAGACGGAAUAACCCAGGAAGCGAGAUGGCCCACCGAGUGCCAGGUGAUUGCGGAACGAAUACGUCACGCAGAUUACACACCAGCGAUACCAGAACCGUAUUAUACACCUACAGGGAAAGAACCAAAACCAAAACCAGUUUGUGACGAAACUGGAACUGUCAUUUUUCGUUAUUGUCCAACAAGUGUAACAAAUUACUUCAGCAGAUCAUGCAUCGGAGGUAGCACAGUUCUUUCCCGUUCUCUAGAUUCGAUUUUGAAUCCUGUAGAAUCAAAAAGAGAAUUAGAAGCACUACCACGUGAUUUGUGUUUCGAGUCUAGAUUUGAGUCAGGAAAUUUGGGGAAAGUGAUUAAAAUCACGGAAACUUAUUACCAAUUACAUUUGAGAAGGGAUCUUUAUACUCAGAGACACAUGCAAUGGUAUUACUUCAGAAUUUCGAAUACCAGAAGUGGAACUAUGUACAGACUCUCGAUUGUCAAUUUCUGCAAGGAAGAUAGUCUCUAUAAUGAAGGACUUAGGCCUUUGUUGUAUUCUACAAAAGAUGCAAGUCUGCACGAAAUUGGCUGGAGAAGAUGUGGAGAGAAUAUAAGUUAUUACAAAAAUGACUCAUCAGACGAGGAGAAGGAACGACAUACACUUACGUUCAAUAUUUACUUUCCUCAUGAUAGAGACAUUGUCUAUUUAGCUCAUUCUUAUCCAUAUACCUAUACCGAUUUACAGGAGUACUUAUCAGGAAUAGCUAGUGAUCCUGUGAAAACGAGAUAUACGAAACUUCGUCUUUUGUGUCGAUCUUUGGCAGGAAAUGGUGUUUAUUAUUUAACAAUCACUGCACCUGCUUUUACUGAAGAAUCUCGAAAGAAAAAAGGGGUUGUUAUCACUGCUCGUGUUCAUCCAGGCGAAACUCCUUCGAGUUGGAUGAUGAAAGGGAUUAUUGAUUUUCUAACCGGGGAUUCAAACCAAGCGAAGGAACUCAGAGAAAGAUUUAUCUUCAAAGUGGUUCCAAUGCUCAAUCCAGAUGGAGUGAUUGUGGGCAACAAUAGAUGUUCUCUUUCCGGCAAGGACUUAAAUCGCCAAUAUCGAACUGUGAUGCGAGAAAGUUAUCCUUCAGUUUGGCACACAAAACUGAUGAUUCGAAGAUUAAUGGAAGAAUGUGGAAUAGCAAUGUACUGUGAUUUACAUUCUCAUUCACGAAAACCCAAUAUUUUUAUCUACGGUUGUGAAAGUAAAAGAGCAGGAUGUUACGGCAGACUCACGGAGCAAGUUUUUCCAUUAAUGCUCCACAAAAAUGCAGCAGACAAGUUUUCAUUCGAAAACUGUAAAUUCCAUAUUGAAAAGGGAAAAGAGGGAACGGGAAGAGUUGUCGUUUGGCUUAUGGGGGUUUCAAAUAGUUAUACGAUGGAAGCAUCAAUGGGUGGAUCCCAGAUCGGUUCUAGAGCCGGAACCCAUUUUUCUGCUCAGGAUUACGAGCAGAUUGGAAAAUCUUUCUGUGAAACCCUUCUUGAUUUUUCUGAUGAUUGCCCCACAAAGGAAAGACUCAGAAACAAAAUCAUCGCCAGACUUUUGAAAGAAGGUUCCAGCGCUGAUGUGCCAACUAAUAUAAAUCUGACUGAUUAUUCAAGUGAUGAAGGCGUUACUUCAGACAGUUCGUCAGAAGAAGGAAUAAUUGAAAGUAUGGAUGUUAUUCAACAAAGCGAUGAUAAUUUUCAAUUUUUAUCAGUCCCACCGCCUUCUCCACUUGAAGAAUGGCCGAGAACUACUGAAAAAUUGAGAAAAUCGAGGAAAAGGAAUCAAAGAAAGGCUCUUAUUCGAAAAAAGAUUUCGGCUAACAGAACUGCCAUGGAUUUACCAACUACCGAUCCAGGAAGUGAUCUCUGCGAUCAUACAGAUUCCGAUGAAAAUUAUUUACAGUCACUCACAUUGAGAUCUGCAAAAGAAAAAGAAUUUAGAGACAAUUGUAAAGACUUGAAAGAACAAAGUAUCUUUUCUGGAAACGAAGAACCACAAGAAAACGAAUUAUUUUCGUUGCCAACAUUAGCUAGACCACGUAGUUUAUCUUUAGGCGAAGAAUUGAUUACUAAAGAAACUUUUGAGGAGAGGAGAUACUUUUCUCGAUUUCAUCCAUUGCCAAGUUUAUGGAUGAGUUGUUUUAUAUUAAACUUGAGAAAUUUAUCCCCAAUUUUGCCGAGAGUAGAUGAUGUACCAUUAAAAUUAACAACACUGAGGCAAAAAAUAUGGACGGGAGUGAAAUUUGAAAAAAGUGCAAUUUCGUUAAGGAAAAGUCCUCUCAGUUGGGGAAUAUCAAAUAUGGCUCGAGGUUACCAAACUGAUAGUGACGCUUUGCUCAAAUCCUGUUCGAAGAAAUUACAAGCUCUGAAUUACGUGCGCAAGCCCGACGCCAAAAAAUUGAAAAAGAAAUCCCCGAAAAAAUCGGCUCGUAUAAUCAAUAUUUUACCGAUUGAAGAUCCACCCGAGGAAGAAAGUCUAAAACCUCUUAAAAAAAAGAGAUGUCGUUUAAAAAGACAGAGAGCUUUAAAUUCAAAUCUCAACCUUCCUUAUAUCAUUCCUAGUUUAGUUCCGAGAGAAAAAGAUGAUUCCAUGAAGUUAUUUGGAGUACCAAAAACUCAAAAAUCACAAACAAAAAAGCCAGAACCAAGAAAAAAACUUCGAAAAGGUGGAUCAGGUGGAUUAACACCUGGUAUCGUUUCGAAGAGAAAAACAAAACCAAUCGUGGAUUCUUUUGAAGAUUCUUCCAGUUCGGAAGACACUCCAGUUAUGAGAAUCAAAGCCACGAGAAAAAAGAAAACGGGAACGAGGAAAAAACGAUCUUCGAGUGCUUUAGUUCCUAGCACGAAGCGAAAUUAAUUUAAAUAAUUAUUCGCGAUUUGCGAUUUAUACUGCCUGCU